AUGGGCGAGCCUCGUGUGUUAAUUCUCGGGCACUCUUUUAUCCGCCGUUUAAAUAGCUUUAUUACUGAUAGUACACAUCUUGAUCAUCGUUUUAUGAUACACGGGGCCGCCCAGUUUAAAUGGCAUGGUGUUGGAGGUCGAACAAUUGCAAAAACUAUUCGCUGUGAUCUCCACGUGGUGGAGUCGUUUGCUCCCCAUAUUGUGAUACUACAGUUGGGAACUAAUGAUCUUUCCCGCCCAGAUCCCUUAGUAGCAGCCUCGGCAAUAGAGGACUUAGUAGGUAUUCUGUACGAAGAGCACAGUGUGCGACAAAUUUGUGUUUGCCAAACGCUAAUUCGCGAAAAUGAUGCUGCCUUUAACGCACGUGUUAAAUCCCUCACGAAAUAUCUGAAGGUCCUUCUAGAGCCAAUUCCCUAUUGCUUUUUUGGGGGUCACAGAGGUUUUUGGAAUACUUCGCAGAGAUAUUUCGCUCGUGAUGGUGUUCACCUUAAUAAGUUGGGGCACUAUAAGUAUUACCGCAGUCUCAGGGGGGCCGUUUUAAAGUCUUUGCAUUCCUGGGCACGUUCUGGCGAGCAGCCCAACUAG